AUGGACAUGAGCAGCGAUUCGACCCCGACAAGGUGGUACGAGCCGCCUAGGAGUUCCCUCGAGUCCGCGGGUCCUGGAGGCGCGGGUGUGCCUGGAGUCAACCCUGACUACAGAAGUUACUACCCUCAUCCAGCACCGACGCCUCACCACCCCUCAGCUACCGCCCACUAUGCUCACAGUAGAAUGUCAGGAACCGGAGUAUCAGGAGCACCAGUGAGCCAGGUCUGUCGUCCACACUUCCACAGCGGGCACCCCUGGCUGUUGAGCGCCGAAGCAAAACCCUGGUCAUUUCCAGCCACAACCGCGUCGACGGGUGGCGCUGUAGAAGACAAACCUCAGAGUCCUCUGGGUUCCUCGUUACCUCCCACCUCCGUGAGCUUAUCGAGUCACGGGAUAAAUGGAGGGCACAACGCCUUCUCAUUUCCCCCGACGCCCCCGAAAGACGCGACCCCAGACAGCAUAACCACCAGCACGAGUUCGACCACCAACACCACCAACAACAAUUCGGGGAGCAACAACAACAGCAACAACCAGGGCUUGGGCGGCGGAAGCGAAUAUCAGGUAGCGGUAGCACACGUAGCGGCAAUGGGAGCAAUGGGAGCUUUCAUACAUCACCAAGACGUUUUGGGAGCGACAUCUGGGGGGUCAUGCGACGUAAAGCCCUCGGUGAUGCUGGGUCAUCAUCACGGUGCCCCCUCGCCUCCUCACCAGCACAAUUCUGGAAACAACAACGGAGCCGGCGGCCAGGUGAAGCAGCGGGAAGGUAAUAAUAACCAAUCGACGAAUAACGGUACCGGAGCUGGAGGCUCCAGCAACUCUGGCGUAAAUGGCCAGCAACAGCAGCAGCAGUCGGGAAAUCAACAAGCGAAUGCCCAACAGCAGCAACAGCAGCAGGAUUACCAGAAUCCUGGGGGCGCAACUUCGCCAUCGUGCAGGGACUCCUAUCAUCCCGCCUCCCAUCACCAUCAUCAUCAUCACGCGACCUCCAGUUCCCAGUAUGAUCCCACGGCGAGCGCUUACAACAUGUAUUCGCACCUUCAGUAUCCUACCCAUCACGCCCACAAUCCUCACAACGGAUCCUCGUUGUUUUCUGGGUCCCAUCACGCAACCGGCGGUGUACCCGGCGUUGUCAGUCCUGACGCAAAACUUCUUGGCUCCUCGCACGGAAACACCCCUAAUUCACCCGGUUCCCAACAACAGCAGCAGCAAAAGCCGAGGAACAAGUCCAGAACGUCCGCCGAGGGUCGCGAGUGUGUCAACUGCGGAGCAACUUCGACGCCACUAUGGAGAAGAGACGGCACUGGACAUUAUCUCUGCAAUGCCUGUGGGCUCUAUUACAAAAUGAAUGGACAAAAUCGACCGUUAAUCAAACCCAAGAGACGUCUG